UACGAGCCGGAGGAGGCCGACGACGACGAGCCGGAGCCGGAGGAGCCGGCGCCGAAGCGCAAGCGCGGCCGGCCGCGGCUCUCGGACAGCCACGUCCUGCGCUCGGGCGCCUGCGAGUACUGCGGCAAGUUCAUCAAGGUCGACCUGCAGGGCCACGUGAACCGGUUCCACACGAUGGUGUGUCCGCACGAGUGUCCCACGUGCGGCAAGCGGCUGGUGAGCCGCCACGCGCUGGCCGAGCACCGCCAGGUGGAGCACAGCGCCGGCCACGCCUGCGAGCACUGCGGCGCCGCUUUCGCGCGCAAGAAGCAGCUCUCGAUGCACCAGUGGCGCAAGCACGGCGUCGGCGGCGUGCAGUGCCGCGUCUGCGGCAAGAAGUUCGCGCGCUCCGACACGCUGGACGGCCACAUGCGCUGCCACGAGCGGCCCAUGCAGUGCAGUCUCUGUCCGUCGCGCUUUCCGUUCAAGCGCGAGCUGCGCAACCACGAGCACCUCAAGCACGGCCUGCACGGCGAGAUUCCGCGCGACAGCGACUACCGGCCGGGCGAGAUGUACCGCUGCGGCAAGUGCGGCCGCUGCUUCGGCUCCUGGGCGGGCCGGGACCGGCACGUGUGCGACAGCAGCGCCGCCCUCUCCGACCUGUACGUGUGCCAGCUGUGCGGCGACUGGAGCACGCGCUUCGAGGGCGACAUGGUCAAGCACAUGCGCAACCUGCACAAGAUCGAGGCCGAGACGAUCCUGAUCGCUGACGUGGAGGAGGACGGCGACGACGCGGCCGCCGGCGAGGAUGACACGCUGGUGGCGGCGGCGGCGGCGGUGGCCGAGGGGGCAGUGGACUUCCCCAAGGAAUUUUUCGAGCACAGGUCAACAAUGGACACGCGCAGCGACACGGAAUUUUAG